CCCUCUUCUCUCAUUCUACCUCACUCAAUACUUCCCAAUUUAACACCUAGGAGACACAAAAAAAACAAAAAACAUCUUUUAAACUCAAAAAAACCAAACAAUGCCUUCUUCUUCCCCUACCUUGCUCUCAAAAUGUACUAUUUUCCCAGACCAAAAAUCAACUACUGGAAACCUUAAACUCUCUGUUUCAGACCUACCUAUGCUUUCUUGUCAUUACAUCCAAAAAGGUUGUCUCUUCACCAAACCUUCAAUUCCCUUUCAUAAUUUAAUCCCUCUCCUCAAAACUGCUCUCUCUCAAACUCUCUCUAUCUUUCCACCACUCGCCGGUCGUUUCACCACCGACUCCGAUGGCUACGUUUACCUUACUUGCAAUGAUGCCGGCGUCGAUUUCAUUCACGCCAUUGCCACUGAACUUAACAUCAGUAACCUCCUCUCAACCACCGAUGUUCAUGAAUCCUUCAAAGAGUUUUUCACUUUUGAUAGAAAAGUGAGUUUCACCGGUCAUUUCUCUCCGAUUUUGGCCGUUCAGGUAACCGAACUCGCUGACGGCUUUUUUAUCGGAUGCUCCGUUAAUCACGCCGUCACAGAUGGAACUUCCUUCUGGAAUUUCUUCAACACUUUUGCGCAAGUUUGCAGAGGAGCAAACAAAUGUCUCCGAAACUCUCCGAGCUUCCGCCGCGACUCGGUUUUAAUCUCCGACGCCGUUCUCCGGUUAUCCAAAGAAGGUCCCGCGGUGACAUUCAAUGCCGACGCACCGAUCAGAGAAAGAAUCUUUAGCUUCAGCCGCGAAGCAAUUCAGAAACUGAAAGCCAGAGCUAAUAACAAACGGUGGCCAGAAACUAACAAUUCCGUCGAAUCAAUGCAGAAACACAUGAACGAUCACUAUAACAAUAACAACAACAACAACCAGAAAGAAAACGGGAAAGUAGCGACGUUAAUUGAAAACUGGUUCAAAACCAAUGCUCACCCGAAACAGCAAACGGUUACCGUCACGGAAACAGAAACAGAAACGGUUGAGAUUUCUUCGUUCCAAUCCAUAUGCGCGUUGUUGUGGCGUGCAGUCACGCGCGCGAGGAAAUUUCCUGCUUCAAAAACGACGACGUUUAGAAUGGCGGUUAAUUGUCGUCAUAGACUAGAACCAAAACUAGAAGCGUUUUAUUUUGGAAACGCGAUUCAGAGUGUUCCAACUUACGCUUCAGCAGGUGAUGUUAUGUCUAAGGACUUACGGUGGUGUGCGGAGCAGCUGAAUAAAAACGUGAAGGUGCAUGAUAAUGUUAUGGUGAGGAAGUACAUAGAGGAUUGGGAGAACAAUCCUAGGUGUUUUCCUUUGGGGAACCCUGAUGGUAGUUCUAUAACCAUGGGUAGUUCUCCGAGGUUUCCGAUGUACGAUAACGAUUUUGGUUGGGGGAAGCCAUUGGCGGUUAGGAGUGGAAAAGCGAAUAAAUUCGACGGUAAGAUCUCAGCGUUUCCGGGGAGAGAUGGAAGUGGGACCGUUGAUUUGGAGGUUGUUUUGGCGCCAGAAACUAUGGCGGGGCUUGAGAGCGAUGCGGAGUUUAUGGCUUAUGCGACGAGGCAGUUGUAAUACGUGUCGUGUUUUGGUGUUCAUAACGUAACUACUGAUGAUGUUAUUGUGUUGGUGUUGCAAUCGCAUGGUUCCAUGUGUGAUGAGUUCUUCGGAAUGUGGGGUCUUUUGUGACAUAAGUGUUGUUUUUAUGCAUUUAGUUUUAAUUAACUUGUUUUUGUAAUGUUGUUGAUGUUCUUGUUCGUGUUUCGACUUGACAAUUAGUAUUUUUUUUCUUCUUGUCUCUUGAUAAUAUCUGUUUCAACUAGCACAGAUCAAAUAAGAAAAAUAAAUUGAGAUUU